GGGAGAACGCGGUGGAGCAGAGGAUGAAUGUCGGCGCUAGUGCACAUACAGUGACAAGGGAAAGUUGGCGCGGUCUUUUAACGUCUUUUCACGAGAUUUUUUGGCAUCACCCGAAAAAGCAGGUCUGGAUACUGGUGCGGCUGCGGCGCUUAACUGAUCCAAGAGCGCAGUUUCUUCGUGUGUGUGUGUGUGUGUGUGUGUGUGUGUGUGUGUGUGUGUGUGUGUGUGUUUUCAAGCUGUCAUCAUAAAUAGGUUUGGAAAAUUUCCAGCUGAAAGUCAAAACCAGAUGUGAGAUGCAUCUGCCCGUCCCAUGACAGAGACGCAGCGGAGAGAGACUCCUGUGGCGCAGCGGAGAAAGCUGAGGCGUCGGAUUUCCAUCACUUCCAACACCCACACUUCUCUCAAGCAACACUCUCAAAAUCUCUUUAUUCGCAACUUUUUUUAGUGUCGGCGUGAGACAUGCGGGAAAGGCAGGCGUCUGCGGGAGAGCUCUGAAUAAAGCCGAGAUCGGAGACUGCGCUCAGGGAGAGAAGCGACAACGCUCAGCCGAACCUGCCUUAACUUCUUCAGCAACACAAUGUCAGCGUUGCGGAAGAAAUUCGGGGACGAUUUCCAGGUAGCGACGACGUCCUCGAGCGGCGGCGCUUAUAAGCAGGAGAAGAAGAGAAAGCGCCAGCGCUUCGUGGACAAGAACGGGCGCUGCAACGUGCAGCACGGCAACCUGGGCGGCGAGACGAGCCGCUACCUGUCGGACCUCUUUACCACUCUGGUGGACCUCAAGUGGCGCUGGAACCUGUUCAUCUUCGUGCUAACGUACACGGUAGCGUGGCUCUUCAUGGCCUUUAUGUGGUGGCUGAUCGCCUUUGUGCGCGGUGACCUGGAGCGCGCGCGCGACGACAAAUACACGCCGUGCGUAGCCAACGUGCACAACUUUCCGUCCGCUUUCCUCUUCUUUAUCGAGACCGAGGCCACUAUCGGCUACGGCUACCGUUACAUCACGGACAAGUGCCCCGAGGGCAUCAUUCUUUUCCUGUUCCAGUCCAUCCUGGGCUCCAUCGUCGACGCCUUUCUUAUCGGCUGCAUGUUCAUCAAGAUGUCGCAGCCGAAGAAACGCGCCGAGACGCUCAUGUUCAGCGAACACGCGGCCAUCUCGAUGCGCGAUGGCAAGCUCACGCUCAUGUUCCGGGUGGGCAACCUGAGGAACAGCCACAUGGUGUCCGCGCAAAUCCGAUGCAAACUUUUAAAAUCUCGACAGACUCCUGAGGGUGAAUUCCUGCCUCUGGACCAGCUGGAGCUGGACGUUGGCUUCAGUACAGGAGCCGAUCAGCUCUUUCUUGUGUCGCCUCUCACCAUCUGCCAUGUUAUUGACUCGAAGAGCCCGUUCUAUGACCUUUCACUGCGGUCCAUGCAGACCGAGCAGUUUGAGAUUGUGGUGAUCCUGGAAGGCAUUGUGGAGACCACAGGCAUGACCUGCCAGGCAAGAACAUCAUAUACUGAGGACGAAGUCCUCUGGGGUCACCGCUUUUACCCAGUCAUCUCUUUGGAGGAGGGCUUCUUCAAGGUGGACUACUCACAGUUCCAUGGUACAUUUGAGGUGCCCACGCCUCCACACAGCAUUAAGGAGCAGGAGGAAAGCUUGCUGCUGUCCUCGCCACUCACCGCCCCAUCACUCUGCCACAGCACAGGAGGCCUGACCGAAGGCAGCAGCACCAUGGACGGACUAGAAGCCCUGCAGAGCGAUACCGAGACCGGCUCAAUUAACAUGGCUGCCCCUUUGGCCAGCACCAAGCUUCCAGCUAAGUUACAGAGGCUUACAGGAAGGGACGGCAUGCCACGCAAGUUGAUGCGCAUGAGUUCUGAGAUCACGUACAACCUGGGUGAGCUGCCCGCCAAACUUCAGCGAAUCAGCUCAGCCCCUGGCGUAGCCGAGGACAGGCUUCCACCAAUCAGCUCGCUGCUCAGCCCAGUAGAGGACAAGCUGCCUUCUAAGCUAGGUCUAAUAGGGGGUGGAGUUGAUCCUAUCAGCCAAUCAGUGACGGACCUGCCACCGAAGCUGCAGCGACUAGCCGGAGGUAUAGGAGGAGUUGGGGUCGGAAUUGGAGGACGAAUGGACGGGCACCUGCCUCCCAAACUGCGAAAGAUGAACUCGGAGAGAUUCACGGGGUUAAGUCUGAAAUGAACAUAUACUUGCUUUCUUCAUUUACCUCCUUUGUAAACUGGACAAUAAUGUUACAUAUGGAACAAUUUAUAUAUAAAUAUAACUUUGACCUAAUAUUGCUUAACACAAUCUGGCAUGUUUUUUUUCCCACAAACAGCAUGAAAUAAAGAUACAUAUCCAACAUGUUAUUCAUAAACAUGAGAAACAUGAGAAAUAUUAACCUCAUAGUCCAGAGCUUUUAAAUGAUUCACUAUUCUUAUCAAAUGUUUAACAUUAUGUUUAUGAUGUUUCACACCAUAAAUAUUCAAAUGUUCUUUAUGGUCUCUAUUCUUCAAUGUAUGGUAAGAAAUCCAAGAAGUCAGUGACUCCUUGUAUGCCUGAUUUACUCGUCGCUCGUUAUGUCUGCUCUGAGGUUCUCCAUCUAUUACACAAGAAAAAAGAUUAUUAUUUAAUAUGAACACAUCACUUUCAAAAAAUUCAUGUCUGGCAUUUUAGUAUCCAAAAAAUUGCCUCGAGCUCAUGAAUACUCUAUUGCAUGUUCAAUAUUUGUUCAUAACCAAAAACAUAUGAUCUCAAAUCUAAGAACAAGCCUUAACUUGUUUGAUGUUUUGUUAGGAAUUGUGUUUUUCUGUUUGAUGUGAGACAGAGCACAUUACUGUGUGAUGUAUUCACUCACCGUGAUGGGCUGCUUUACUGGAUAUGAGUCUAGAGCAUUAAAAUUGUGUUUGUUUUUCACAUAUUUAAAAAAAAAAAAAAAAAAAAAAAAAAGAAAUCUAACUUUGUAAUGGUUUUUGUGUUUGAAAGCUGAAGCAAUAAUCCUUCGGAUUUCUGUGAUACUUUUGACUGAACAUUCUUGUACAUGUGUUGUGUUAAUGUUUUGGUUUCAGAAUGUUAAGAAAUAUUUCUGGCCAAAAUUGAAUGUGCCAAAUUACAGAGUUUUUAAACACUGGAAUAAAUGUGUUGCACAAAUGUAAGUGUCUGUAUGCAGAUGGUGGAUGAUAGACAGCUAUCUGAAUGAUGGAGCUCUUACUUAAAUAUUGCUUCAAAGACUUUUCCCGUUAAUACCCUAUCAAAGUCAACAUUUAGUACUUUGAAUAUGUCUUCUAAUAUGGAAGUGCGUGAUGCAUUUUUAAAGAGAUGGAAAGAUUUACAUGUAUCUUGUGUCUUUGAAGACAUUGAUCAACGUUAGAAGCAAAAUACCAUAAAUUACUCAUUUCAUCUUUAAUCUCACACCUUCUUCAAAUGAAUGCUUGUUAAUGAGCAUAUUAGUUAGACGUUUUUAAUUGUGACAUCAUUACUGUAUUUAAUUUUAUUCAUAAAGUUGUUUAUAUUUUCAUUGUGUUGCCUCUGUGUUAAAAAGGAUGUGACUCAGAACACAACUAAGUGUCGAAUGACAUUAUAUGGCGGCCAAGAAAAAAAUAGGGUGGCUACAAAAACAUGUACUACCAACAUCCACCGAUCUGCUCUGCUUUCAAAUUACUGUAUAAACAGCUUUAUGGCUGAAAGUCGUAGGAUAGAAGUUUACACAUUGAAGGAUAUUGUUUGCUAUUUUUAAGUCAUGUCUUUAAAAAUAUCCAAAUAGCAAGCAUGAUAGUCAGAAAGGUCAGCUUGCCUGUAGUGUCCAAGCCUCAUAAAACUUGGUUCUGCAAUUUGUUCCUUUGUGUAAUUUGUAGGUUCAGUGGGCAAUGCUGACUCAGUCCUUACUUCUACUUUCUCCAAAGACAAUUUUAAAAAGAUGGGAUUGACAAAGUGAUCCACCUCGUUCAUGUUUAUUACACCUGGUGUUUUAAUUCAUGCCUUUUCAACGAUGUGUACAGUCUGGGUUAGAAAGAAAUCAGCCUCACCCAGCCUGUAUACUGUGGAUAUGUCUAUAUACUGUUAUGUUUCUUUUUCUUUGCUUGGUUACACAAACUAAACUGAACCUUAUUUUAUGUACAGUAUGUUUUCUUUCAAAAAGCAGAGGACAUUGCCCUGUUAGCCUAUUUCUACCAGAUAACUCUGUUUACA